AAUUUUAACGGCUGUAGUGAAUCGCAGGAGCAAUAAGCGGGAAUAAGGCAGCGUUUGUUUACCUUACCCGCACAUAUAUCAUCUACAGAUGAUAAAACCAAACUAAAGCUGUGGACUUUUUCAGACCCCUUUCACACUUCCACACUCUUAUCCUAUUUCUCUGUCACCACAUGGUCCCUCUCCUUUUUCCAAUAUCUCUUUCCAGAUCACAACACAAACUUCCAUGAAUAUAUCUUCCAUCAUUUAGCUUAACUUUCUCUGACAUUUCUCUCUUUUUUCCUUCUGUUAAUUUCUCUGUCUUCUUCAAUAGGAUUCACCACUUGAUAGAUAGAUAGUCCAUUCUCAUGGCGUGAAAUUGGGGAUUCAUGGUAGGUGUCUAACCCUCACACUCUGAGUUUUGUGUAUAAAGGAAUAUCAUAAUAGAUGGCCAAAGGACAGACUUUAAAGAAACAUUUUUUUUUGUUUUUGUUUUCCAUAUUUCAACCUUUGACCUCUGUUCCUUAAUGUUAAAACCUAGGUAGAUGGGAGUGGAAAGUGAAUUCUAAGCAAAGCUCUCUCUCAUAACUACUUUCUGUUUUCUUUGCAAGUUACUUCUUAAGGUUGAACACCUGGCUCUCACAUUCUUCUUUUUUAAUUCUGGGUUUUUCUUGAAGAGCAACUUGCCACCUUUCCCUGCUUCCUCUUAUUCAUUCCACUCAUAGCCUUGGAUCCAGUUCUGUUCAGGCUAAAGGGUUUGUUGGGGGCAAUGGUGCUCAUGUUGUUGUGUGAAGACAUAAGAAGGUGUUGCUUUGCCUAAAUUGUGAAUGGACCGGAGGAGUUGGUUAUGGCGCAGGAAGUCAUCUGAGAAAAGUCCAGGUGAAACUGAGAGUUCUGGCUCAAUGUCAUCUCAUUCAGAAAGAUUCUAUGAUGAUCAGGUAACACCAAAUGAAUGUUUACCUCCCGAAGUCAUGUGUGAGGAGGGUGCACCAAAUAAUGAAGAAGUUACUGAUGUGAAGACUCUAACAGAAAAGUUAUCUGCUGCUCUCUUAAACUCUAGUGCCCAAGAAGACUUGGUAAAGCAGCAUGCUAAGGUUGCUGAAGAAGCUGUCUCAGGCUGGGAGAAGGCUGAAAAUGAAGUAUUGAUUUUAAAACAACAACUUGAUGCUGCAAAACAAAAAAAUUCAGUUCUUGAAGACCAAAUUAGUUAUCUUAAUGGGGCACUGAAGGAGUGUAUGAGGGAGCUUCGACAAGCUAAAGACGAACAAGAGCAAAAGAUUCAUGAAUCUGUAUCAAAUAACUCUUGUGGCUUGGAAUCCAAAAGACCUGAUCAUGAGUGGGAAGCUGUUGAUCCUGCUGCUUCAUUUGUUCCCUCUGAUCUUCACAGGAGGCUUGAGGAUAUGGAGAGAGAGAAUUCAAGUCUUAAAGUAGAGCUACAAUCUCGACUUGAGGAACUAGAGUUCAGGACCAUAGAAAGGGAUUUGAGUACUCAGGAUGCUGAAACAGGAAGCAAGCAACAUUUGGCAAGUAUAAAGAAGGUGGCUAAGCUAGAAGCUGAGUGCCGGAGACUGAAAGCUGUGACACGCAAACCAUUCUCUGCUAAUGAUCACAGGUCUUUAGCUGCUUCCUCAGUUUAUGUAGAGUCAUUUACUGAUAGCAUGUCAGAUAUUGAAGAGAGGCAACUAGUACUUGAAAGUGAUAUUCCGAAAUUGGGAGGCUGGGAUAUGAAUGAAGCUGAAUCAAACCGCUAUGGCUCAUGCUCAUCAGCUGUAACUACAGAACUUGAUCAAUUUAAGAAUGAAAACAGUGCCGGAAAAAAUCAUACGGUCUUUUCAACUGACAUCAAUCUGAUGGAUGAUUUCCUUGAAAUGGAGAGGCUUGCUGCAUUGCCAGAUACUGAAAGUGUUAGUAGCUUUCCUGUGGUAAAUCCUGCAUCUGACCAACUCAGUGUUGUAAAGAAACUAGAAAAUGCUGAUAUGGAAGGUAUGGUUCAAAAGAAUGUUGCAUUGGAAAAGAAACUAGAGAAAAUGGAGGCAGAGAAACUUGUGCUAGAGAUGGAUCUAACUGAGUGCCAAAAGCAGCUUGAAGCAUCAUUGAGCAGAAUAAACGAAGUGGAGUUAGAGGUAGUAGAGCUUCAAACUAAGUUAGCUCUUGCAAACAAAUCAAAUGAAGAAGCAUAUGAAAAACUAAAAGCAACUCAGGAAAAGAAAAAGAUAGCUGAGUCUAAACUCACAGCUGCACACACCGAAGCAGAAGAAUUGGUCUCAAAAAUCUGUUCAUUAGAAGAAGAGAUUGAGAAAGAGCGAGUUCUGUCAGCAAAGAAUUUGGCCAAAUGUGAGAAGUUGGAGGAUGAGCUCCUGCGAAUCAAGCAUGAAGCUCAACUCCAGCAAAACACUGAGAUUCUGUCCGGAGAAGGUGUUAAUAGUGAGCUAAAGCAGGCUAAAAUUACAGAAGAUCAGUUGGAAUUGCAUUUGAUUACUAGCUAAAUACAAGUGAUGGAGAAGGAACUAGCAUUGGCUGCUACUAAAUUUGCUGAAUGCCGAAAAACCAUUGAAUCUCUUGGACUGCAGUUGAAGUCCCUUGCAACAUUGGAAGACUUUCUACUUGAUUCAGAGAGCUCUAUGGAUUUUGAAGUUAC